AUGUAUGCUUCAACUGGAGAAAGCUUUGGUAUCACAAAGACACUGGACCCUUAUGGCAAUGAGGUUCUGGAGUAUUCUCGUGUUAAAGCCAUCUCCUUUCCAUGGUGUAUGUUCUCCAUCUGGAUGUUUGUGACCAGACGCUGCCAGGACAACCUGUGUGGUGUGUUUUACCAUAUAGACCCCCAUAAUAACUAUAUCACACCAACACUGUUAAUCAAAAAAUCAGGGCAGCUACACGUCCAGAUGGAUGGCAAGUCUGGGGAAUCCUCUGCAUUGGUUUCCCCAUUCAAGGUGCCUUUAAGUGAGUGGUGCCAAAUCAGUGUGAUGUUGCAGGGUAGAAUGGUGACUGUCUCCAUGGUGUGCGUGGAUAAGGAGCAGAGAAGCCUUCAUUCAAUAGAACAUAUGAUGAGGCAUAAUGUGAAGCUGGAUGACACAGAGGGAUACUUUGUGAUUGGUGGAGGGAAAUUCAUACGAGGUGUGGAAGGUUAUUUUGGGCCAUUGGUUUACUACCGCAACAGGAUAUCAUCUCACAGCAUGCCUGAAGUUGUAAUUCCAGAUGUUAUCAGGAACGUGAACCUGACUGGAUGGCUGCAGACCUGUCAAGAAUUUCAUCUCGAGAUGAAUAUUAAAAUCAGUGGCUAUUCUUUCAAGGCCAAACAGGAGACAGAGUCUGAGAUCUGUUUCGAUGCGUUCCAUGAGUGGAUGAAAAAGGACAGACUACCAUCAAAGUCACAGUGUGAGCUGUGGGAGGUGACUGUCCCUCAUAGAAGACAAGCGGCAAAACUGGCCAAGUUAUUGGCUUUCAAACAUGGAGAAAGAAGAGCUAGGCUGCUAGCUGUGGGCCGAGCGCUGUACUCCUUAUCACUUCAUAAACUGAGCAGAGCAAGCAGCACUGGUGUGGUCAGCAGAAUAUUACCACUGCUGCUCCAAGCUGGCUGCUUGGCUAAUAACCGAGCUCUACACAUGUCCUCAGUGCUCUACAGCGCUGGCCUGGGAGUCAAGGAACAGCCCAAUAAGGCUUGGCUCCUGGCCCUGCUGGCAGCCCAAAAGGAUGAUCGAUUAGCACUUCUGCACCUUGGGCACCUGCACCACCAGGGUCUCCAAGGCCUCCCCACAGACCCAGACCUGGCCUAUGCAUAUUAUGCAAACAUUGCUAAACAGACAACUUUAGACCGUCACAAUCCCACACCAGAGCAGACAUUUGUUGAGGCUGUUUACUUAAACAAUGACGAGGUGUUGAAUCUCCAGACCAGUGAACAUCAUCAUAUCUUCCAAUGGCUGAAACUGCAGGCACGCAGAGGAGCAGCUGAAGCCGAGCAAGCAGUCGCCCGCAUGCUGUACUGGGGUCAGCAGGGAGUGACUCCAGACAUCCAGAAGGCUGCGAGACACUACGAAAGGGGAGCUGUCCAGUGGGAGGAACCGGUGUCAAUGUAUGACUAUGGAAUAGUCUUACUGCAGGGGCAUGGUGUUGAAAAGGACAUCCCAAAAGCUCUCACUUUUCUGAAGAAAGCAAUGGACAAGAAUUUUGUUCCUGCAAUCAAUGCCCUGGCCUGGUACUAUGAGCACUUUGAGCAGGACUACGAGCAGGCAGUGCAGCUGUGGGAGAAGGCUGAUCUCCUUGAGUGUCCAGAAGCUGCUUUCAAUCUCGGUGUCAUGUACUCACAGGGUCUGUAUCCAGGAAAAGCUGCUGACCAGUUUAUGGCCUAUCAGUACUACCUGAAGUCUGCAGAGAGAGGGCACAUCAGGGGAGCAAUUCACCUCGCUAGCAUCUGGACCACUGGGAUACCUGGCCGAGUCAACAGACACCCAUCAGAUGCUGUUUUGUGGGUAAAGUGGGCAGCUGAGCACAAUGGAUACCUGGGCAGCGUCUUGCGGAAGGCCUUGGAUUCAUAUCUCAAGAGUGACAUGUUCAGCUCACUGUUAUAUUACAUGAUGGCUGCUGAGUCCGGGUAUUCACCUGCCCAAUUCAAUGUGGCAUAUCUAUGUGAUCACCAUAUGGUGAGUUUUCUGGAUCCUGCUUUUGCAUCAAACUGUAUGUGGAGAUAUUACAACCUUACAAUCCAAAGUCAAAAUCCUGACACUUAUGCCUUGAUUAGGAUGGGUGACCUGUUGUACGAGGGACAGGGUGACGGGCGGUUUUCUUCAGCAGAAAUGUACACACUGGCAGCAGUAAGGAACGAGCCACAGGGAUGGUACAACCUUGGCCUCCUUGCUGAGGAGGGUUACAAGCUGCCGCUGUCAGUCUUGAUUAAACUUGGCCUUUCAGAGCUGUACCUGGCCGACAACAAAAAAUAAUUCUAUAUUCUCUUCCAAAGAUGCAGAGACUCAGAAGAUACAGAUUCAUACUUGCCUUGCAGCCUCGCCCUCUUCAAUGUGUAUCUUCAGUCAUUCCAAAAGGACUAUAGUGCUGCUAUUAAGUUCUCCACUGCGGUUGCCGUGGUUGCAGCUCCAACGAUAUUCCUAAUCAUCCUUGGUGUGUUCAGGAGACCUGUCCCAUCCCCCAACUAGAACCAAUAUUAUCUUAUCAGGAUUGUCAGUGCAACAAACUCGGGAACUAAACAGCAAAGUCAACCUGCACAGU